AUGACCACCACUCAAGCUUACUUUGGGCCCUAUACUCAAAUAUACACGAAUGAAACCAAUUUUGAAUGGAAUCGUGUGGGCUUUCUAAGACCUGAUCUUACUCAACAAGUAUUAAAACUACAACAAAAACGAGUUGUACUUCCAGUCACGUCUAAAGCGGAACGUCCAAAAAAAGAACAAGAGUUUCUAUCAAUACAGAAUCGUGCUUUGGGAGAAUUAAAAAAUGCUCUCGAAAUAGCUUUAAGCAGAUUUGAUAGAUGUCCGCCAAUGUUUAAAAAUGAUGUUGACAACAUGAGUAUUGCUCAUGUGCGAUCUUGUUUUGACAGGGCAAUUAAAAAUCUGCAUAGUUAUUGUUAUGAGUAUCAAAAUUCUCCCAAAGCUCCCAAUGCCCCAAAAUCAUCCUUCACUGUCCCCCCCAAAGCUCCCACU